AUGCAGUACCAGCCGCCGGCCGCGGCGCCGGCGGCCCUGGGCGUCGGCGUCCCGCUGUACGCGCCCACGCCGCUGCUCCAGCCCGCGCACCCCACGCCCUUCUACAUCGAGGACAUCCUGGGCCGCGGCCCCGCCGCCGCCCCGGCCCCCCACUCCCUGCCCGCCCCGCCGCCGCCGACUCUGCCGUCGCCCAAUUCCUCCUUCACCAGCCUGGUGUCCCCGUACCGGACCCCUGUCUACGAGCCGACCCCCGUCCACCCGGCCUUCUCCCACCACCUCGCCGCCACCUACGGCACCGGCGCCUACGCCGGGCCCCUCUACUCCUUCCCCCGCGCCGUCGGCGACUACGCGCACGCCCUGAUCCGGCAGGACCCUCUGGGGAAGCCGCUGCUAUGGAGCCCCUUCAUCCAGCGGCCGCUGCACAAGAGGAAAGGGGGGCAGGUCCGCUUCUCCAACGACCAGACCAUCGAGCUGGAGAAGAAGUUCGAGACACAGAAAUACCUGUCCCCGCCGGAGAGGAAGCGCUUGGCCAAGAUGCUGCAGCUCAGCGAGAGGCAGGUCAAAACGUGGUUUCAAAAUCGCAGAGCCAAAUGGAGGCGCUUAAAGCAGGAGAAUCCCCAGGCCACCAAAAAAGAAGAAGUGGAAGGUGCUGACAGUCACGGUGACCAAAGGCCGGAGAGCUGCCAGACUCCUGAGCAGAAGGGUAAGGAGGUCUCUCUGGAUGGCUCGCAGUACACCCCCUCGCCGGCCUCCCAGGAGGACCUGGAGUCAGAUGUCUCUGAUGACUCUGAUCAAGAAGUGGACAUUGAAGGCGAUAAAGGCUAUUACAAUUCUACCCAUUAACAGCCCCAUGCAGAGAGUGGACCCUAACUUGGCUUGCACUUUACCAGGGGCUGGUUUGAAAGAAUAUUAUGCUACAGGAGAAAACUUUCACCGUUAAACUGAAAGGAAAGCAUCACCAAAUAGACUCGUUUUAUAAUAAGCAGAGAAAGAAAGAUGUAUUUUCCGCAAACAAUCCAGUUUUGGAAGAUCUCUAGUUUGGUUAAAGGAACAUGGUUUGUAUUUAAUUAUUUGUAAGAUAUAUUUGUACAAUAAUCAAUGUUCUAACUGGAAUAUAAUCCUGCACCUAUCCUUAAGGUGGCGAGGGUCGGGGUGUGUCUGAAUCAGCUGCUGGUGGUGAUCAGGCAAAACUCUCUAACUAGUGUGGAAGUGAGUAUGGAUUGCAGGACGAAGCCCUUUGUAUGUGUAAACAAAUGUUGUUUAAAUAGAUUAAUUUAAACGCCCUGCGCAAGCAGAGAAGCAUGUUCUGUGAAAUAGGGAGGGAUUUGGCCAUCCCAAGAAGUGCCUUAUGCUCACACUCUUUUAUGUGCCGUGGUGCUCUCUACUGAGACAUGCCUCCAUUUGUCAGGUAGAGUCUCUGGACAGAUUCAUUUUUCCUCUCGUGUGAGAUGAAAUGUGCCUUCUCAGAUUUUUGAGAACUUUGCCUCACAGACUGAAUGGUUCCAAUUGCAGAAAAAAGCCCCACCCAAACAUCUUUUUCUCCUUUAAAAUCUCUAGCACCAGUUUUUUAUGGAUUUCGUAUUUGAGAAGAAAGUGCAGGGAGUGAUGGGGCCCUGCUGCAGGAGAGAAACUGGUAUCAGGUGUGGGGGUUAAGUGGGAAGAUAAUGCCUAUCGUAUACAUAUCUGCUUCUGUACAUACUAGUUUUCUUUAAAAGUCUUGCGGUUUUGUACCUCACGUUGUUCAUAUUUUGUACAUAUUUGUUCAGUGUUAAAAAAAAGGCAAAACCUGAUAUUUAAUUUUUGAUGGACAUGUCUGUGAAAUAAACCUAAACUCUGCA